GGACAAGUUAAAUUUAAUUAAAUAUUCAUUAUAAUCGUCCACAUAUUUAAUUUUUAAUCGAUAUUACACUGAUGUUACUGGCGACAAAAAAAACCAUAGACUAAAUUACACGGAAACGUCAAAUUGUUGUCAAUUUGUUAAAGUCAAAACAACAUAACCUAUUUUCGAAGCGUCUUUGUGUUUUGCCGGGUUUUAAAUACGAUUUUCUUGUUAUUUUCUUAGAUAUUUCACAAAAAUGAAGGACACACCUACAGAAGUGGAUAACAGAAAUGUUGUGAAGAACAGAGAGUUGUUAUAUCGAAUGAUUAUAAGCCAGCUGUAUUAUGAUGGAUUCCAACCCAUAGCGGCCACGUUGGCGGCCGCCGUUCACGCAGAUCCACCUUGUCCGCCUAGUGAUAGGCUAUUGAACCUGAUGAUGGUGGGCCUGCAGCACGAGCCAGAUCGCAAGGAUCGUCUCGCUGCGUCCAGCGGGGCUGAGCAUCUGCUCGGAACAACUGGUUUUGAUCUGGAGUUCGAGAUGGACGCGUCGUCGCUGGCGCCGGAGCCGGCGACGUAUGAGACGGCGUAUGUGACGUCACACAAGAUGGCGUGCCGCGCCGGCGCCUUUAGUGCCUGCGGACAGCUCGUGGCCACAGGCAGCGUCGACGCCAGUAUUAAGAUUUUGGACGUGGAACGUAUGUUGGCCAAGUCGGCUCCCGAGGAGGUGGACCCUGGGCGGGAGCAGCAGGGGCAUCCAGUCAUCAGAACUCUAUACGAUCACACAGACGAGAUCACCGCUCUGGACUUCCACCCUCGAGAGCAGAUCCUGGUAUCAGCGUCCAGAGACUGCUGUAUCAAGCUGUUCGACAUAACGAAGGCAUCUGCUAAGAAGGCCUACAAGUCAAUCACGGACGCGGAGCAAGUGCUGUGCGUUGCGUUCCACCCGCUCGGCGACCACAUCAUCGCGUCCACCACCCACCCUGUGAUCCGGCUGUACGACGUCACCACCAGCCAGUGUUUCGUGUGCCCCAUACCCACGCACCACCAUAAGAAGCAGGUCAACUCCAUCAAAUUCUCCCCUAAUGGCAAGUACUUCGCGAGUGGCAGCGCGGAUGGAUCGGUCAAACUGUGGGACACUGUCUCCAAUAGAUGUUUCAACACGUUCAUAAAUGCACACGACGGGGCCGAAGUGUGCUCUGUCGCGUUCACCAGAAAUAGCAAGUAUCUUCUAACUUCGGGUUUGGACUCGUCUAUAAAGCUAUGGGAAUUGGCAAGCAGCAGGUGUCUCAUACUGUAUACAGGCGCUGGCACUACAGGCAAGCAAGAACAUCACGCGCAAGCUGUGUUCAACCACACGGAGGACUAUGUGAUGUUCCCUGACGAAGCCACCACCUCGUUAUGUACCUGGCACUCGAGGAGUGCCAGCCGCUGCCAGCUGAUGUCUCUGGGUCAUAAUGGAGCCGUCAGGUACAUAGUCCAUUCUGGAACGGCGCCCGCAUUUUUGACCUGCAGUGACGACUACCGUGCCAGGUUUUGGUACAGACGGAAUACUCACUAAAUUAUAUAUAUAUAUAUAUAUAAAGCGUUUGCCUACGGUUUUGCUCGUGUGUGGUAUUUAUUUUCGAUUUCUGUUCCUAUAAAAUUUUACACAAUUUCCCAAACUUUCAACCCCCGUUUUAUCGCCUUAGGGGUUGAAUUUUCAAAUCCCUUUCUUAUUGUUCACCUGCGCUAUAUAAAGAACCUAUCUGCAAAAUUUCAAUAUUCUAGAUCCAGCCGUUUCAGUCAGUGAGACAGUCAGUCAGUCAGUCAGUCAGUCAGUGAGUCAGUCAGUCAGUGAGUGAGUCAGUCAGUGAGUGAGUGAGUCAGUCAGUCAGUGAACCAGUCAGUGAGUGAGUCAGUCAGUGAGUGAGUGAGUCAGUCAGUCAUCAUCCAUUUUUAUAUAUAUAUAGACUAUCUGACCCGGUAAACAUAGUUCUGUCAUAUAAAUAUUUGUUUUUUGUAGAUAGGGACACCUUAAUAGUCUAGCGGUAUGAAAUAUAUGAUCUGUUCUCAAAGCUAUCAAAUAUAUAUAUAUAUAUAUAUAUAUAUAAAAUCAUAAAAAUCGGUCGAUCCGUUUCGGAGGAGUGCGACCACACACCGUGACACAAGAUUUUAAUAUAUAUGUAGAUAAAUAUUAAGUAAACUAGCGAUCCGACCCGGCUUCGCACGAGUAGACAGACUUUUAUUUUAAAAUAAAAUAAUACAUAUAAUUAAGCCAAUUGCAACUGAUCGGUUAUUUUAUAGCAUUUCAUAUGUGACUCUUUAGAUUGAUAUAACUUUUUUAUUUAUGAACCGAUUGAAAUAAAACAAACACUAAAUGUUAAGUGGAGAAAACCGCAACGACAUUAGUGGAAAUCACAUUUAAAUCGGUUAAUCAGUGAAAAUUACAUUCAUAUCGAUAAAGUCGUUUCUGAGUAUAGCGUGCACAAACCUACAGACAAACGGACACAAAUUCUAAAAAUCAUUGUUUUGUGUUCUAUUGCGUUCAUCAAGCCUCCCUGUAAUGGUUUUUCUUUAUAUAUCUUCCAUGUACAGACAGCGACCAGUUACGACUUUAUUAUAUAUAUAAAAAAUUUUCAAUGCUAAAUUUUAAUUAAAUAAAAAUUAAAAAAAUUGACAAAAAAAUAUUUUGGGGUGGGUCACCCUUAUCAUUGAGGGGUAUGAAAAAUAGAUGUUGGCCGAUUCUCAGACCUACCCGAUAUGCACACAAAAUUUCAUAGAAAUCGGUAAAGCCGUUUCGGAGGAGUUUGGUAACAAACGACAGUGACACGAGAAUUUUAUAUAUUCGAUAUAAUUAUUAACUUACAAAAGAAAUUGUUCAAAAUUCUAUUUCGGAAAUAAAACCGACUAAUACUCGUAUGUUUUUUUUUUUAAACAACACCUGUACACUCUGAUGAAUGAAUCUUAGAUUUUAACCAAUUUGUGUCGAAGCGGACUGUACUGUAUUACGAAUAAAGUAAAUCACUUACUAUAUCGUCAUAGUCGUAGAAUACAGACGGAUCUGACAAAUGUUACAUACAUCCGUCAGUAUUCUACCACUAUGACGAUACGUUAAAAAAAAAAGUAUAUGUAAUUAUUAAUAAUUAAAAAAAUAAAAUAUCUUUCAGCC